AUGCUUUCAACUGUAUCCAAAGGAAGCUCACUAUUACCCAGAGUUUGGGCCAACAGGGCAACAUGGUCUGGUUUGCGUUACUCAUCUAGCUCAUCUAGCUCAUCUCCCACAGCCGUUGUGUUCAUGAACAUGGGGGGUCCUUCUACUGUUAAAGAGACUUAUGACUUUUUGUAUGAACUAUUCUCUGAUAACGAUUUGAUCCCUAUUUCAAAGAACUACCAGAGAACUAUUGCAAAAUACAUUGCUAAAUUUCGUACCCCUAAGAUUGAAGCUCAGUACAGUGAAAUUGGCGGUGGCUCACCCAUUAGAAAAUGGUCAGAGUACCAGUCUGCUGAAGUGUGUAGAAUUAUGGACUCGAUCUCACCAGAAACUGCCCCUCAUAAGCCAUAUGUUGCCUUCCGUUAUGCCAAACCGCUAACCCAUGAGACCUACGAAAAAUUAUUACAAGAUGGUGUGAAAAGAGCAGUGGCGUUUACACAAUACCCACAAUUCUCAUAUUCAACCACUGGCUCAUCUUUGAACGAAUUAUGGAGAAAGAUUAAAGAAUUAGAUCCUCAAAGAAAGAUCACUUGGUCUACCAUUGAUCGUUGGCCUGAUAAUGAAGGUUUGACUAGUGCAUUUGCUGAAAAUAUCACGAAAAAAUUACAGGAAUUUCCUCCAGAGAUUAGAGAUAAAGUUGUUAUUUUGUUCUCUGCUCAUUCUUUACCCAUGGAUGUGAUCAAUACUGGUGAUGCUUACCCAGCCGAAGUUGGCGCUACUGUGCGUAAAGUUAUGCAUAAAUUGAACCUUUCUAACCCUUAUAGACUGGUUUGGCAAUCCCAGGUGGGUCCUAAACCUUGGUUAGGUGCUCAAACUGCUAAUAUUGUCGAAUUUUUAGCACCCAAGGUGGAUGGAUUACUAUUAGUACCUAUUGCCUUUACUUCUGACCACAUUGAGACUUUAUUUGAAUUAGACAAUGAGGUCAUUGGUGAAUCUGAAUUUAAACACAAGAUUAAAAGAUGCGACUCUCUAAACGAUAAUAAGACUUUUAUUCAAGGUAUGGCUGAAUUAAUGAAGAAUCAUUUACACAGCUCUGACUUGUACUCCAACCAACUGGCCCUAGAUUUCGCACUAGGUAAAUCUAACGAUCCUAUUAAGGAUUUAGAUCAAGUCUUUGGAGAGCAAAAGAAAAAUUAA